UGACUUGCCGUAGUAUGCCCAAUUGCCCGGAUGACAGGGGAGUUUGAAAAACAAUGGACUGUAAAAACCGGCGGUUGUAGCUAAAAGAGCUAACUAGUGUUGUGAUAUAAAUUGGAAACUUAAAUUCGGUAAAUUACAAUACUAGCUAGAUAAUUCUGCAAUGCAAGGUUUGUCCCUGUGACCAGCAGUCUAGUCAUUUUUGGUGUUCGUGGACCAGGACGGGACCACCAUGCAGCAGCACCCACCAGGGGCAGGAGGGUGCUUCAUGGGUAUGCUGUCCCCUGGCCAUGGGGCAAGAAAGCUGGAAGGGAAAUCUUUCUACCUGGACGCUGUGAAGAGUCGCCCUGCAGCCUUUCUUGCGGAGGCCAUAUCCCAUCUCGGAGGGAGAAUUGAGAGUUUCCUGAAUAAGGAUGUCAGCUUUGUUGUGACUGGGAGCCAAGAGGGACUCCGAAGCGAGAGGUUCGAAGUGACCCGAGGUGGGUCAGACGGGAUGACCGGGGAGUGUCACAGCUCUCCCCGCUCCACUAAACCGAAAGAGAGCAUCAUGACCAGCACCAGGCAGCAGCGUCCAGCCACUGGCACUCCCAGACCAAUGGUGUGUGGCAGCCGCGGGAAGGCCCUGCUAGAGAAAGCCAUUAGGAAUAAUGAACGGCUUCAGGGGAACAGUGUUUUGGCCAAUGCCCGCUCCUGGGGAGUCAAGAUAGUGCACGUGGACGAUCUCCUGACGCAUGUCCAACUAUUGACAGCGGAGAGCUCCAAGGCCAGACGCAGGAAAACUGAGCUGAAAAAUUCCAACAAGUAUCCUGCUGUGUCUCGUGUCAUCAAAGCUGGUGCCUUGAGGUCCCCCUAUCUGAAGGUAGAGGAUUCAAGCAGGAAAUACAAGGCCCUGCACAUGCAGUCCAUGACCUUUCCCAAUCUGUGCUACUCUGGCCGGUUCAGUCCUUUUGAGCCCCCUGCACCCCCCCAGCCUGAGAGAGUCAAGGUGCAGGGACAAAACAAAGCCAGACUGAUAAUUAAGAGUUUGAGUACAAGCCAGGACAAACCUCGAAGCCCUCUCCCACGCAACCCCUCACUUUGUCGAGCACGCAAAAAGAACCUGGGCUACUGCGAGUGCUGUCAUGAACCCUUUAAGGACCAGGAUGAGCACUUGCAGUCGGCUCAGCAUCGUGACUUUGUGCAGGACCGCUCCCACUACAGCCUGGUGGACCAGCUGGUGGCUGACAUGGAGCCGGGCUUCGCUCCCUGUCCUGCCCCAGUGUCAGCAGCCACAACACUGCUCAGGUUGGAGACUCCCCCACUUCAACUACAACUGCCCCACAGCCCCUCUGAGAUGCAGACGCACAGUGAGACGGAGCACGCCAUCCAGGCCCUGCUUACCCAAGGCUCACCGUCCAACACCCUGGACCCGGAUCCAAGCUCUUUCACUCCGAGCGUAGUCCCCCUGUCAUCCCAUGCCCAGCCGCUCCCCCCCUGCCCUGACACCCUCAGCCUACUCCUCCUGCCAUCCCUCCCCCAGCCUCUCUCCUCCUGCCCUGACAACCACCCUCCCUUCCCCGACACUCUUUGUCAGUCCCCCACCCUAGCACCCCUACCAAACCACUCCCAGCCCCUCUCCCCCUGCCCCAACACCCAAUGCCAGCCUCUCAGCCCCUACUCCCAGCCUCCUGUACUCAGCCCUAAAACCAUGUUUCCCUUUGAGCCCAUGUCCCAACCCGACAGCCCCUACUCUCAGCCCCCAGUCCUCAGCCCCCAGGUCCUGCUUCAGCCCCCCACUCCUCACCAUCCCACAGAGGGGGAAGAUAUGGAGAUUGACAGCCAUAUGUCAGCAUCCGCAGAGGUGGAACCAGUCCCUCAGACUGUCCCAGGUCGGUCUCGCUCCCUUCCUCGCCUCUGGUUCACUGCAGCGAAUGCAAAGAAACGCAGCCGAUCAGUCAGUCCUGACACCAAGGCCUGCAAGAGAAUAAGGACCUCCCUGGCCAACCGUCACAAAUCAAAACCCAUCUGGGGCUUCAACAGUGCUGGUUGGACAAGGAAGGAAAACCAGCCCUUAGUCCCACCCACAUAUACUGGCAAUGGACAUGGGCUUGUGGUUAAGGCCUGCUCCCCUGCCCAAAGAACUAGGAACUGCAGAACAAAGACCAACCCCAGAUCAGCUGGAAGUGAAGGGAAUAUCACUGGUGCCAACGACACAAGACAGAAUAAACAAAGUUGGGAACGGUGUAGGCAUCCGAGCAGCCAACCACUGUCACUCUGUGCCCAUUUGUGGCCCGGGCCAUGCAAUAUGUCCUUUGUUGAAGGUGGACAAGAUAACCAGUUGGCCUCCAGUGGAAGUGUUUGGUACAAACCGCCAUUCUUUGGCCACAUUCCCAAGGCUUCCUGUGAAUUCCACAGGCAAUCCGUCAGGUCAUAUGGAUCAUUCAAUCUUCAUGGACCGGUGUGUUCUACAGCAGCAUGCCACAGCGACUCCAAACAUCAGUGCUUCUUUCCCUCCCCAGCUUCUUCACCACCCUUCAGAUAGACCAACCCACUGCCCCUCCUCCAGCCAGGACUCAAACCCCUGCCACUCCCAGUCCAUCACCUCCAUCUGUAUCGAGUCUGCCCUGCUUCCCGACCUGGCCGUCCCCUCUGACUCGGACUCGGACUGGGAAUGCGAUCUUAUGUCCCGCCUCGGCCCCCCUGCCGCCACCUCCGCCCCUUCCACCCUUUCCCUCCCGCAACCAGCAGGGAGCCACCACCAGCAGCUGGACUUGGAGCUACUACAAAGACCCUGCAGCACCUGGACGCUGCACGACACCAGCUAUGAGUCGCAUCUGUGCUCUGUGUUGCAGCAGCCCCUCACCCCGCUGCCGGACCCCUCUCUAGUGUUUUCCAGGACAGAAAGGCAAAGUCUAGAAGUGACUCAGCAUUGACUCGGGAAUUACGGGAUAUGGGCUGGUUACUUGACCCAUCGAAGUCCCAAUACACAAACUUUUUGACCUACCUGGUUUUACAUAUGAAGUCGUCAAACAAAGUGAACAGACAUAACAACAAACAUCGCAACGAAUAACAUUGACGUUGAAGCUUGUAUUUGUCAGGUACCUACCCAAAAAUCGAUGGAUUAUUCAUGAUGUAUUACUGCAGAAUGCCGCAAUUACAUCCUUAUAACACUGACUUACGAGGACCUGAUGAGGAUCCUAUGGCCUUGUGUUUCUGGGCCCAUCCCUGAUCCAUUAAUAAUUAAAGCACCCAGGCCAUAUUUUGUCUCAUGCAGACCUUUGUCUUUCAGCAGCAAUCUCUGAGAACAAGCAACGGUAUUGAGAAUUUAAUGAGUCUCUGCUGGAAGGGGCAUUACUCAAUUAGUUUAAGUGCUGCGUCUGGAUCGGCUCCCAAUAGCGCCGGUGUUGAUGUUCAGACCGGGCUAAAGAGUUAAGUGAGUGAAGGACUCGACAGGACUCUGCAGUCCCGGCCAGAAACUCUUGAUUAAUCCUGAAAGGGCUUCUUUGAAGGAGAUCCAACAAAAGGGACUGGAUGGGUGAAAGGGAUAUGGGGGCUUGCCACAGUGCACUCACCACUGAUGGGAUCUCCACCAUAUAUAUUCCUUUGACAACUGUUUCAUAAUAUUGUUUGCCGAUAUAGAGUUCCAGACAUGAGCUGUGCUUGCAAGAACUUUUUAUUUAUUUUUUUUCCCCCCAAGAGUUAAAAACUACUGAUAAGUGAAGUGGGUGUUUGCAACAUUUUCUGCCUCGUUGUGGUACUUUAAGCAUGUGUCUUUGUCCAAGUGCAACAAAAGACUGACUCCAGCUGAGUAUUUUGGGGGGUUUUCUUCACUAAUUAUGUUGAAUAUGACGUUAUAUCUCAAACUGAAGAAUGGUUUUAUAAAAUGUGCUUUAUUUCUGAAAGGUUUGUCAGCAUUCAGCCUUUCACAAUGUGAAUGCAUAAUGUCUCAUGUUGGUUUUAACAAAAUGUUUAAAAAUUAAAAUGUAUACAGUACCAGUCAAAGGUUUAGACACACUUACUCAAUCGAGGGGUUUUCUUUGUUUUUACUAUUUUCUACACUGUAGAAUAAUUGUGAAGACAUCAAAACUAUGAAAUAACAUAUGGAAUCAUAUAGUAACCAAAAAAGUGUUAAACAAACCAAAUAUGUU